AUGGGUCUCACGUUCUCGAAGCUGUUCGACCGCCUCUGGGGCAAGAAGGAGAUGAGAAUUCUGAUGGUCGGAUUGGAUGCUGCCGGAAAGACCACGAUCCUCUACAAGCUGAAGCUCGGUGAAAUCGUCACCACCAUCCCAACAAUCGGUUUCAACGUCGAGACUGUCGAGUACAAGAACAUCCAAUUCACCGUCUGGGAUGUGGGUGGCCAGGACAAGAUCCGCCCCCUGUGGAGGCAUUACUUCCAGAACACCCAGGGUAUCAUCUUCGUCGUCGACAGCAACGAUCGCGACCGUGUGGUCGAGGCUCGUGAGGAGUUGCAGCGCAUGCUGAACGAGGACGAGCUGCGAGACGCUCUCCUCCUUGUCUUCGCCAACAAGCAGGAUCUGCCCAACGCCAUGAACGCCGCCGAGAUCACUGACAAGCUCGGCCUCCACAGCUUGAGACAACGCGCUUGGUACAUCCAAUCCACUUGCGCUACCUCCGGUGACGGUCUCUACGAGGGUCUCGAAUGGCUCAGCAACUCUCUGCGCAAGGCCGGACACCAGUAA